AUGUCACCACAAACUUCACACCGCUAUACCAUAAGUAUAUCACCACAACCUUCACUCAGCUAUUCCACAAGUAUAUCACCAAAAACUUCACUCGGCUAUUCCACAAGUAUAUCAACACAAACUUCACUCAACUAUUCCACAAGUAUAUCACCACAACCUUCACUCAGCUAUUCCACAAGUAUAUCACCACAAAUUUCACUCAGCUAUACCAUAAGUAUAUCACCACAAAUUUCACUCAGCUAUACCAUAAGUAUAUCACAACCUUCACUAAGCUAUACAACAAGUAUAUCACAAACUUCACUCAGCUAUACAACAAGUAUAUCACCACAACCUUCACUCAGCUAUACCAUAAGUAUAUCACCACAACCUUCACUCAGCUAUUCCACAAGUAUAUCACCACAAACUUCACUCAGCUAUACCAUAAGUAUAUCACAAACUUCACUCAGCUAUUCCACAAGCAUAUCACCACAACCUUUAUCCAGCUAUUCCACAAGUAUAUCACCACAAACUUCACUCAGCUAUACCAUAAGUAUAUCACAACCUUCACUCAGCUAUACCAUAAGUAUAUCACAACCUUCACCAAGCUAUACCACAUGUAUAUCACCACAAACUUCACUCAGCUAUACCACAAGUAUAUCAGAACCUUCACUCAGCUAUACCAUAAGUAUAUCACAACCUUCACUAAGCUAUACAACAAGUAUAUCACCAGAACCUUCACUCAGCUAUACCAUAAACAUAUCACCUCAAACUUCACUCAGCUAUUCCACAAGUAUAUCCCAACCUUCACUCAGCUAUACCAUAAAACCUUCACUCAGCUAUACCAUAAACAUAUCACCUCAAACUUCACUCAGCUAUUCCACAAGUAUAUCACCACAAACUUCACUCAGCUAUACAAUAAGUAUAUCUCAACCUUCACUCACCUAUUCCACAAGUGUAUCACCAUAAACUUCACUAAGCUAUACCAUAAGUAUAUCACAACCUUCACUCAGCUAUACCAUAAGUAUAUCACAACCUUCACUA